UUCUCUUUCUCACCAUUCAUCUUCACUUUGAGUCACACCAAAGCCACUUAGAUUCCACAUAAAAAAAUGAUUUUUUUUUAAAGGGUUUUUUUUGGGUCCUCAUUUUUUUCUUGUUUAUCAUCUUCUUUAUCUUUAAGAGCUUGUGGGCUAUGUUAUAUUAAUAUAUAUACCUUUGAAGCUUUAUUUUUUUCUUCUUGUUUUUUAUAUAAUGAGUUCAGGUGCAAACUUGGUUAGUACAAUUAUUGGAUUUGGCAUGAGUGCAACAUUCAUUGUAUUUGUUUGUACAAGAAUAAUCUGUGGAAGAUUUAGAGACAGACAUGUGGGUUCACGUACUAUAUUUCAGAUUGAAUCGAGGCCAGAUAUUGAACAGCCAGAAACGGAUGGCAAUGAACCUGAGCCUGCAUUUGUUGCUGCAAUUCCUACUUUGAAUUUCAAUCAAGAGGCUUUUAAUACCAUUCAAUGUACACAGUGUGUGAUAUGUUUGGGAGAGUACAAAGAAAAAGAAGUGUUGCGCAUAAUACCUUAUUGUGGACACACUUUUCAUCUUUCUUGCAUUGAUGUCUGGCUAAGGAAACAAUCAACUUGUCCUGUGUGUCGUUUGACAUUGCAUAAUGUUUGUGAAGAAAAACAUGCUUCAGAAGAGAAUGAGAGAGAAGUUGAAGUUAGUGCAAGAGAAUCAGAAUCAGAGUUGUGAUGAUGUAUAUUCUUGAAAAUGGUCCUUAGAUGAUUAGUACAUCAUACAUGAUGGAAUUUUUGGGGGGUUUUACUAAAUAAUAAUUUGGAUUCACUUAUAUUUAGUGAUUAUUUAGUGAAACCCACAUGAAAUGUAGGGAAUGAUAGUUUAUAUAGGAAGAAGUAUCUUGAGUAAUAGUGAGUUUCCCUUCUAUUUAUAUGCCUUUAUGUCAACUAACAUGGAUUGGUUUGUGUAGAAGGGAUUAUAGUUUCUUUAGUAUAAAAAGAUUAAGUAUUUGAUCUUUAAUAUCAAUGAAUAUAGAAAAUUAAAUUA